CUAUUUAUUCUAUCCGAUUUGUUUUUAUGGUGAUUUCGAAUAAAAUUCAUUUGUUUUCUUAUUUAUAAAUUUGUGAAAAUUGUGAAUUAUCGAUAAAAUCAAUUAAUAUAAGCCUCAACAAUUGCAAAAACAGAAGAGUACGAAUCAAUAAAAAUUCUUGCAGAUCGGUUUGUUCUUUUCAACCAUAAUGAUGCUUGGAAAAUUGCAAAUAAUUCCUCCUGGAAAAUCCAACACGACCAGCCAAUUUUGAAUAAUUUUUUUACUCGAAACUUUAAACUUGAAUCCAAUGCAGCAUCUUUCAACACCAGUGAUAACAUUGGAAUGGUCAUCCAUAAUUUAUAUUUGUGACGCUUCUUAAAUACAUUUAACAGGCCAAAGAAAAAUCAACAUUCAUGAAUAAUUUUCCUUGUAUUGAUUCGUCAUAAAAAUUAUUGUUUGGUCAAUCAGCUUUCAAGCAAACUUUAUGUUUAAACAAUAAACAAACAACUCAGCGAUAGUAACAUCUAGUUUAAACUCGUGUUAGUCGACUUACCAUCAAUUAAUUAAUAAUUGAUAUAGUCAAAAAAAAUCAAAUCAAAUUAUAAUGGCCAUCAUGAUCAUCAUCAUUUCUAUCAAAUCAUAUGUUCAUUUGUCCAGCUGACAAACAAAAAAAAAACCUACCUUCACACUUGAAAGCCAUAGAUGUUAAAUGUGCAAAGUUAUCAUCAUAAGUCAUGACAUAAAUUUAAUAUAUAUAUACAAACAUCUCAGCCCUUAUUGAUGUGUUUUUCUGCAUAUCCAUGUUACAUUUCAAUUGUCUCGAGUUCUUAUAAGUCAGAAAUUCAAUUCUUACUUUGUCACAAGUGUCUCAGAAUCAAACAAAUAGAAAAUUUCUUGUCACUUGAAACAUUUGACGUCUGUGACCACAUUAUUAUUAUCCGAAUUCAAUCAUAAUCAACGAUGGCCGUUAACUGAAUAAACUUAUCACCAUCAUCAAAACAAGAGACAAAUUUAGAUCAUUAGGAAUUUUUUUUUUAGCUAUUUCGUUUAUGGUACGAGUAAAUUGUUCAAUUUUAUUUUAUGAUCAUUUUGUUAUUCUACUCGUUAGCAGUUUUCUAGUCGAAAUAAAAAACAUCAUAAACGACAAUGUCCAUUUUUAAUGAAAAACCAAUUGUCAACGCAUCGUCUACUAUUCAAUAUUUGAAUAAUGUUAUGGAGCAAUUUUAUUUAAAUAGUCAAUUUCCAGUGAAUUUGGAUCGACAAUCGCAAACUGAUACAACCGCUGCUACUGCGAUCAAUAUAAUUACUACAUCUACUCCGACUUAUUCGAUAUCGGCUUCAACAUCACCAACGGCAACAUCAAGUUUGGAGGUUUCCUUUCUGGAAACAUUACUUUGGUCAUUGUUAUUUUAUCCAAUGGUCAUAUUGGCUGCCAUCGGUAACUUAUUAAUCAUCUGGAUUAUAGCUACAAAACCACUGAUGCGUAAUAUUAUGAAUCAAUAUUUGAUGAAUUUGACACUAUCGGAUUUCCUAUCUGUUACAUUCAAUGCUAGUUUUAAUUUCGUAUUCAUGUUACACCAACAUUGGCCUUUCGGCAAAAUUUAUUGCAUUGCCAAUAAUUUUAUCGCCAAUCUGACAAUUGUUUCAUCCGUAUCGACCAUGAUGUUGAUUUCUAUAGACCGAUACUAUGCAAUUGUGCAUCCGUUGAAACCACGGCAAACAAAACGCCGUUUCUUCUGUUCAAUAGGUACCAUAUGGGCUUCAUCAAUAUUGUUCUCAUUACCCGCAUUAUUAUACUCGGAUACUGAAGAACUCAUGCAAUCAUUAUCAGCAGAAACUUUUGAUGAGGUCGAACAUAACGAACUUUCGUUAUUACCAUUUAAAUCAUCUAAUAAUAAUUCAACCAAUGAAUCAUGGCUAUUCACAAUGAAUCUUUUAUCAACAACGGAAACCAGUGUAUUCAAUACCAUUGUUGAUAAUGCUACAUUAAAUUAUCUCUCCAAUCAAUUGUUUCAAUCGACGACAACAUCUACAACGACAAUGACAACGACCACAACGACGACCAGUGCGAAAAAUGAAUCCAUCGAUCCAUUGGGUCAUGGACCACAUGUCUUUGUCCGAACACUAUGCAUAAUGAGAUGGCCUGAUGGUGUUUCCGGAUUUUCAACAUACGAAUUUUUAUACAACAUGGCUUUUUUGGUAUUCUUCUAUGUGAUACCAGUUUUGACGAUGGUUGUAGCCUUGGCCCUAAUGUCUCGUGUAUUAUGGCCACGAGAAUUGAUUGGCGAACACACUACUGUACCACAGAAUAUAUUGAUUCGUUCCAAACGAAAAGUUGUCUGCAUAUUGAUUUGCGUGAUUAGUGUGUUUGCGUUAUGUUGGUUGCCUUAUCAUUCGUAUUUCAUUUCGAUUUAUUGGUGGCCUUCUUUGAUCAAAACACCCGGCAUCAAACAUAUCUAUCUCGCUUUCUACUGGUUUGCUAUGGCCAAUUCGUUAUUUAAUCCUGUAAUCCUAUUUGCCAUGAAUCGGAGAAUGAGGAAUUAUUUAAAAUACUAUGUGAAAUGUGCUUGUUGUACAUUGAUGAAGAACAAAAAACGUGAAAAAUUAUUUCGAAACAUGCAUUAUCAUCAACAUCAUAAUCGCCAGCAACAAUCGAAUCCAAUGCGAAUGCUAAACUAUCAUUAUCAUUAUUAUCCACAUAGAAACAAUUUUCAUCAUCAUCAACAUUUCCAUCAUUCGGAGCGGCAAUGUAACCAAAGUCCAAAGCUAAGUCAGCAAAGUGCUGGCCAACAGUUUCAAUUACAGCAAACGCAAGCUAUUCAGACACAAUCUCAGCAGCUUGAGCAUCGAAUGAAUAAAGCAUGGACAAAUCAAUCAAAUGGCAUCAUGUCGGAUGUUUCACUGCCUGUUUCAUUGAUGACCAUCAAUACCAGACAUCAUCAUCGUGCCAAACCAAAAUCGCAGCCAACUCAACCACGACAGCCUCCAUUGAAGACAAUGAAAAAAGUUGAAUUUUGCUGUUCUAAACGUAAUAUGCACACUAGUAGCGAUCGUAGUAGCGAUCUAUUCUCUGAGGAUAAUGAUCAGUCGUUAUCGAGAAUGACCAGGCUCAAAUCAGAAGCGUCAGCUGUUGGAUCGAGAAUACGAAACAAUUUGAACAAUCAUUACCAUUGUGCACAGCAUAAAUAUGACGAUGAUCAUCAUUCCUGUCCUACUAUAUUUGUUACUCAUAGCAACCAUAAUAAACCGAUUGAUGGUGGUGAUGGUGAUAAAAGUAAUGGUUCACAAUCAUUGAAGAUGAACAUUUCGCUAUCAAACAUUCAACCCAUUAAAUUUCAUCAAAGUUUGGUAGAAAAAUCACUAUCGGUGAUAAUGGACGAUUAUCCACCAAACACUGACCCUGUUUCUGUUUAAAACAAAAAAAUUCAAAAAUGGUUAUUUUGGAUCCUAUCCAAUAGAUGUCGCCAUAAUUUGGUUUCGAAAAAUUUCGGCGCCUAUUGACAAUAAUUUCACGUACAAUUUGUUUUUCUUUUUGAUGUAAGAGAAAUAUGAGGAUUUCCAUAGAUUUUCGAAUCAUCGUGAUGAUAAGAAUAACAACAAUAUAAUCAAAGUGUUUUCAAGCAAAUAAAUUGAUAAAACACGGCCUUAUACACAUCAUCGAUAUCUUCAUCUCUUACCCUUAAGAUAUUGUUGAUACAAUAACUAGGCUGAUUUAUAUUUAAUGAUUGAUUUAUUAAUCUUUUCUUUUCAUCAUCAUCAUCAUCAUCAUUGAAAU